AGUAUAUUUAAUAAGAAAGAUGUGGAGGAAGGAGGUGGCCAGCACCGGGACCUUUCCCGAGCGUCUGGUGGCGUGGACGGCAGCCUCCCGCCAUGAAGUUAAACGUGUCAUACCCCGCUACGGGGUGUCAAAAGCUCUUUGAAUUUGACGAUGAGAAAAAAGUACGCAUCUUCAAUGAAAAGCGUAUGGGCCAGGAAGUUGAAGCAGACACCCUUGGUGAUGAAUGGAAGGGAUACGUGAUGCGGAUUGCUGGUGGCAAUGACAAGCAAGGUUUCCCAAUGAAGCAGGGUGUACUCACAAAUAAUCGUGUCCGGCUUUUGCUUUCCAAGGGCCAUUCCUGCUACCGUCCCCGCAGAACUGGAGAGCGCAAGAGGAAGUCAGUCCGUGGUUGUAUUGUGGACUCCAACUUGUCUGUGCUUGCCCUGGUUAUAGUCAAGAAGGGUGAUGGGGAGAUUCCUGGGCUUACUGAUGGUUCCGUUCCUCGUCGUCUUGGACCAAAGCGUGCUUCGAAGAUUAGGAAGUUGUUCAACUUGAGCAAGCAGGAUGAUGUGCGUCAGUACGUGAUCAAGCGCCCACUGUCUGGUAAAGAAGGAAAGAAACCCAAAACCAAGGCUCCCAAGAUUCAGAGGCUCAUUACUCCAGUUGUCCUUCAGCGUAAAAGACAUAAGAAGGCCCUUAAGCGCCAGCGAGCUGUCAAGAACAAGGAAGAGAAGGCCGACUAUGCAAAGCUUUUGGCUGUUCGGCAGAAGGAAGCAAAGGAGAAAAGGCAAGAGGAGAUUCGCCGUCGACGUUCUUCUAUGCGUGACUCAAAAUCCUCUGAAAAAUCUAAAUAAGCCAAUAAAGCCUAACAUUUAGAUUA